AACCUUCAAUCUCUGUUCUCUCGCACACACAGGUAACUCCUAAUUUCUGAAGAAGGAAUAUGCAAGCAAGUCAUAGGUUUAACAUCAAUUCCCAACUUGAGCAUCUCCAAGCUAAAUAUGUUGGAACUGGGCAUGCUGAUUUGAACAGAUUUGAAUGGGCGGUGAAUAUUCAGCGUGAUAGUUAUGCUUCAUAUAUUGGGCACUACCCUUUGCUUGCAUACUUUGCUAUUGUUGAAAAUGAAUCCAUUGGAAGAGAACGCUACACCUUUAUGCAGGUUAUGCUUUGAGAUCUUUUUCUUUUUAUUUUUUCUAUUUCAGUCACCUUAUUAAUUGCAAGAUUCAAUUAUUAUUAUUUUGCCAUUCCUUUUUAUAUAUAGAUUGUAGAUUAUAGUAUGCUUGUGUUCCUGUAUCUGCAAUUUGGCUUAUUAAAUCUAUUGUCUUAUUUGAUGAUCAAGUUCUUAUUUCUUGAUGUAUGCAUGAGUGUUGUUUUAGUCAGAUAUGUCGAGGCCAGACAGGUUUUGAAUAGGGCUCAUGAGAAGUUAUAGUUGUUACUGCUAUAUACAUUUUGUUCUGAUGGGUAUGAAGAAUAUCAUACUACUUAAUUCUUAUUUUGGUAAAAUAUUAUCUAUUCUUGCUUUUUCAUGGGAGU